GGAGCCGGGGGCAGCUCUAGCUGCCUGCUGGGAGCGCCGAGUGGCUGCUCAGUGGCUCCUCCUUGGGCACGGGUCCUGGGACUUUAAGCUCCAAAUAAGGCGCGGUUCCUGCCCUCCUGUCUCUCCCAAGCCUCGUAAUGCAGCCGCAGUGGGGCCCUGCGGGAAGCCAGUCUUGCCCGCGUGGGUGGGGAGGGCGGCAGCGGUAUCCCCCUGGAUCUCUGCUAAUAGUCGCCGCUUUGUUUUUGUACCAGGCGUGCGUCACUAUGGCUGAGGGCGACAGCCUCAUCUCUGUGGACUAUGAAGUCUUUGGGAAGGUCCAAGGAGUGUUCUUCCGCAAGCACACCCAGGCUGAGGGUAAGAAGCUGGGGGUGGUUGGCUGGGUCCAAAACACCGAAGAUGGCACUGUGCAAGGACAAAUCCAAGGUCCCAGUGUCAAGGUACGGCAGCUGCAGGAAUGGCUAAGGAAGACAGGAAGCCCCAAAUCCCACAUCGAUCGAGCAGAAUUCCGCAAUGAGAAGAAGAUUGUUGCACUGGAGUACAGGAACUUCAGCAUUGUGAAAUAACUAGACAGAAAGCACUGAGAAGGGAGUUGAGCUCUCAAAAACUUCCCCACCAACCUUUACUUGUUCAGUCAGAUAGUGUCCAAAUACAGAGAGCCCUUAGUUUUAUCUUGUUACUCUUCUAAUUUAUUGUCUGUUUGUUAUACUAUUUAACCCUGAACCUUCCUGAAUCCCAUGGGCAGGAAAACAGGCAGACUGGAGGGUGAGACUGCCUUUAAUAAAGGGAUCGUUUGGAAACCCAACCUCUCAUAUCUGAAUUUAUUUGUAACCAUUCAAACUCAUUUUGCAUUUUAGAGACCACACAGUCAGUAUAGUAUCCCAUCUACUUCACAGAAGUCACAUAACCAGCCUUGGAAUUGAUGCCUUAGAGGGCAGAACCAUGGAAUUUUGGCUUCUUCUAAUACUAAAUACUAUUAAAGAAUCAUUUGCCUCUCUUUAUUUUUUUAAAUUUCCAGUUCUCAGAAACAUCUGUUUUAUCUUCCAUCCAGCAAUGACUUGUAUUUGGCAGUUUCUGUUCUUUUGGGUGCCUUGUGUGUACCUCACACCAGCAUCAUUGAUGUUUUUGGGUGAUAGUUGGCCAAGCUGGGGGAAAGCUUUUAGUGGUACUGCAACAACACCACCUGCAAGGGAUAUUGCUGCUGCUGCUUGUGAUGUUUUUCAGAAUUUAUGAAUGAAUAUAAUAGGGCUG